ACUUGCUUGCAUUAUGCAUAGCAAUGAGUCAUUGGAACCAUUCCCAGUCACCAAUGGAUUCAAGAAGGUCUGUGGGUUGCCCCUGGCCUGCUAAUAUAAUGAUCUUUUUUGGGGAUCGUCAUUAAGGAGUUGGACUAAUGCCCUCUGGAGGUCUUUUCCAACCCUAAUCUUUUAUGAUUGUGCAGGCAACAAUGAAAGAACAGGAAGUGACUAUUUCUCAUCUUGUGUUGUUUGAUGACUGUUUCCUGAAUGCCAGAUCUGAGUCUGAUAUGCAGCAGACUAUAAGCUAUUUUUCUUCAGCUUGUGACAACUUGGGUUUCGCAACAUUAAGGAGACAGAAGUGAAGUGUGCACUACGAAAACCUGGCGUAGAACCUGACAUCACAGUGAAUGGCCAAAUCCUCCAAGCAGUGGAGAGGUUCACCUACCUUGGAAGUACUAUCACCUUCACAUCACUGAUGAAACGAAGGUUAUGUUUCAUACUCUGUUCUGGCUGUCUGUACUUACAGAAGAUAUUUAAAAACAAACUUUUUUUUUCAAAGAUUUUGAUUCCAGUGGAAUCUGUGCUUUAGAUUUUUGUCUUGUGAAUUAACUUCUGAAGCAAUGCCUGUACAAGCUCCACAGUGGACGGAUUUUCUCUCCUGCCCAAUUUGCACACAGACAUUCGACGAAACGAUCCGGAAGCCCAUCAGCUUGGGCUGCGGCCACACCGUCUGCAAGAUGUGCCUCAACAAACUCCACCGAAAGGCAUGCCCGUUUGACCAGACCACUAUCAGUACAGACAUCGAUCUCCUCCCUGUGAACUCCGCCUUGUUGCAGCUAGUGGGUGCUCAGGUUCCUGAGCAGCAGCCAAUUACUUUGUGCAGUGGAGCAGAAGAUACCAAGCAUUAUGAGGAGGCCAAGAAAUGUGUGGAAGAACUGGCAUUGUACCUCAAACCACUCAGCAGUGCGAGAGGUGUGGGUCUCAACAGUACCACCCAGAGUGUGCUAAGUCGCCCCAUGCAGAGGAAGCUUGUGACAUUAGUUCACUGCCAGCUAGUGGAGGAAGAAGGGCGAAUCAGGGCCAUGCGUGCGGCACGGUCAUUGGGUGAAAGAACAGUCACAGAGCUCAUUCUUCAACAUCAAAAUCCUCAGCAACUCUCUUCCAACCUCUGGGCUGCAGUGAGAGCCAGGGGUUGCCAGUUCCUUGGGCCAGCAAUGCAGGAGGAAGCACUGAAGCUGGUUCUGCUGGCUCUGGAAGAUGGAUCUGCUUUGUCACGAAAGGUCUUGGUUCUCUUUGUGGUGCAAAGAUUGGAGCCACGGUUUCCUCAGGCUUCGAAAACCAGCAUUGGGCAUGUUGUCCAGCUUCUUUACAGAGCCUCCUGCUUCAAGGUGACGAAACGUGAUGAGGACUCCUCCCUGAUGCAACUAAAGGAGGAGUUCCGUACCUAUGAAGCUUUGCGAAGGGAACAUGAUUCCCAGAUUGUGCAGAUCGCCAUGGAAGCAGGUUUGCGCAUUGCACCAGAUCAGUGGUCCUCGCUGCUAUAUGGAGACCAGUCCCACAAAUCCCACAUGCAGUCCAUCAUUGACAAGUUGCAGACCCCAGCCUCAUUUGCACAGAGUGUUCAAGAAUUAACCAUUGCUCUCCAGAGGACUGGAGACCCUGCUAACCUGAACCGGCUUCGACCUCACCUAGAGCUCUUGGCAAAUAUUGACCCUAGUCCAGAUGCCCCUCCCCCAACAUGGGAGCAACUAGAAAAUGGAUUAGUUGCUGUGAGAACAGUGGUACAUGGAUUAGUUGAUUACAUCCAGAAUCACAGCAAGAAAGGAACAGAUCAGCAGCAGCCUCCUCAACACAGCAAGUAUAAGACAUAUAUGUGCCGAGACAUGAAGCAGAGAGGCGGGUGUCCCCGUGGAGCUAGCUGUACCUUUGCACACUCACAGGAGGAACUGGAAAAAUUUCGUAAAAUGAACAAACGCCUGGUUCCCCGAAGACCCUUGAGUGCCUCCUUGGGCCAGCUAAAUGAGGUGGGCCUGCCUUCAGCAACUAUCCUCUCGGAUGAAGGGGCAGUGGACUUGCCCAGUAGAAAAUUGCCGAAUGGGAUUGUGUCCUCGAGCAGCACAGUGACGCAGCUUAUCUCCCGCGGGACUGACUCCGGCUAUGAUUCUACUCUGAAGCCAGGGAAGAUCGACCACCUGAGCAGCAGUGCUCCUGGAUCCCCUCCAGACUUGCUGGAGUCUGUCCCCAAGAGCUCUAUUUCUGCAUUACCAGUGAACCCCCACCCAGUACCACCAAGAGGACCUACAGAUCUGCCUCCAAUUUCUGUGUCUAAGCAGCUCCAGAUGGUACCACGAGGGUCACAGCUGUAUCCUGCUCAACAAGCCGACAUGUUUUAUCAGGAUCCUAGAGGAACUGCUCCACCAUUUGAGCCGUCAACUUAUCAACAAGGUUUGUACUAUCCUACUCAGCCCUCACCGUGCGUGUCUCGUUUUGUCCGACCUCCACCAUCUGCUCCUGAACCUGGUGGUCCUUACUUAGACCAUUACCCACCCUACCUUCAGGAUCGCGUGGUGAAUUCACCGUAUGGCACACAACCACAGCAGUAUCCUACCAUGGGACAACCUAUGUAUCAACCACACUAUGACAGCCGGCGUGUGUACCCCUCUGCCCAGCCAUACCAGCGAGAAGAUAUGGUCCGAGGAAGCCCUGUGCCCAUUGAAAUUCCACAGGCUGCUGUGCCUCCCUACGUACCUGAAUCCAGAGACCGAUACCAGCAAGUGGAGGGUUAUUAUCCAGUGGGUCCACAUCUCAAUCAGAUCAGACCGUCCUACCACAGAGAGCCUUAUAACCGACUUCCACCUCCACCUCAACCCCAUCCCAGCCUGGAUGAGCUUCAUCGUCGAAGGAAGGAAAUCAUGGCCCAGUUAGAAGAAAGGAAGGUGAUCUCCCCACCUCCCUUUGCACCUUCACCAACUUUGCCUCACCCCUUCCACACAGAGGAGUAUUUGGACGAAGAGCUGAAGGUAGCUGGGAAAUACAAAGGAAAUGACUAUAGCCAGUACUCUCCUUGGUCGUGUGACACCAUUGGCUCCUACAUUGGAACCAAAGAUGCAAAACCCAAAGACGUCGUGGCAGCAGGGAGUGUAGAGAUGGCGAACAUAGACAGUAAAGCCAUGCGUGACCAGCGGUUAGACCUACAGAGAAGGGCAGCAGAAGCUGGGGACGAUGAUCUCAUCCCAUUUGGAGACCGGCCAACUGUGUCAAGAUUUGGGGCCAUCUCACGUACUUCCAAAACGAUGUACCAGAGUCCUGGCCCCAUGCAGGCCAUGGCAGUUCAGGGAGCUUCCACCAAAUCUAUCAACGUUACAGAUUACAGUCCAUAUGGAGCUCAUGGUGGCUGGGGAGCUUCUCCGUAUUCACCCCACCAAAACAUACCGUCUCAGGGACGCUUCGGUGACAGGGAGAGAUUGUCCAUGCCUGAUGUGGCCAGUCAUGGGAAACCCUUAGCCUCAGCUGAGAGGGAGCAGCAGCUCCGGCUGGAACUGCAGCAACUAAACCAUCAGAUCAGCCAGCAGACACAAUUACGAGGCCUGGAGGCUAUUAAUAACAGGCUGCUGUUGCAGAGGGAGGCAACCGCCCUGGCAGGCCAACCACAGCCUCCACCGCCACCUCCUAAGUGGUCUGGGAUGAUCUCAAGCGAACAGCUGAGUAUGGAACUGCACCAGGUGGAGAGGGAAAUCGGGAAGAGAACCCGUGAGCUGAGCAUGGAGAGCCAGUCUUCACUGGACAUGAAAAGCAGCCUGGGCACCAAUAAACAGACAGAAAAUGGACAACUAGAACCAUCAAACAAGGUUCCAGCUGAGGACCUCACACUGACGUUCAGUGAUGUCCCAAAUGGAUCAGUCUUGACGCAAGAGAACAUCAGCCUCCUAUCAAACAAGACCUCUUCUCUGAGCCUGUCAGAGGACCCAGAGGGGGGAGGAGAUAACCAGGACUCCCAAAGAACAGGAGUUGCACCCACCUCUUCUCCAUGAAAGAAGUGUAGGUGAUACAACCAGUGAAAUAGGGUUUCAGAACCAGAAAAAAAGGCUUUAAAUCUUAAUGAAGACAGUACCCGAAAUCCACUUUCUGUGGAAAAAUCCUGCCAGCAGAACUGAGAGCACCCAAUACUCUUCAGGGGUAAGGAUUGAUUGUUAAAGCAGACAACCUAAAUUCCCGUGACCAGCUAUGUUUGCUGCUUCACUCAUUUGUGGCUUGUUCCUGUCCCUAUGAAACCCGACCACUGUCCAGUUGGGUUAAAUGAAACUGCUGCAGCCUGGCUUGGUCCCAUGUACUCUAGCGAGAGCACUGUUGGGACACGGUUGGGGUGCUGUCAUGUUGUAUGACUAGUCGGGCAGACUUGCUGGUGUAGAUGGAACCUUGUAAAUGCUUGUGGCUCGCAGUUUCAACCAUCGUGUGCACAGAGCCCUAAAAACGAGGCGCUUCAGAUAGCAGGCUGAGCUUUACGAUGCCAGACACAAAUAGGUGACCAGUUAGGAAUAUAAACAAAAUCUCAUUUUUUCUAUAGUAUCGUGGGUUUGUUCCUUCUUGCGCGUGCCCCAGUUCCUCAUUUUAAUGAGAGAUUUCUAUAUGCUUAUCUUCUAGCAGUUUGUAGGCUGCCCUGCCCCAUUUCAAAAUCAGAGUCCUGUGGAUCUGAGCACCUUUCAUACAUUUAAUGCUGUUACCACUUUAACCUCAAAUUCUUCUUCAGCUGCCUGGUUUCUGCUAGCCCCUGUGAUCUCCCUCCAGUCCACCCCUCUCUUCCCUCUGGCUUGCCCAUCAUCCUCCCUGAUCGUGCAACAGUGACAGCUUGCUGCUUCAAAACCGAGCAUUCAAAUGAAUUCGCUUAGCCAAUAACUUCUGUGAAGUUGCCUUUUCUAAUGGUGUUAUUACUCAGUGAUGCACAAAUGUGAUAUUGCCCCUACUGGUAGGCAAACAGGGGGUCUGUAUAAACAUGGUAAACUGCUGUUUUUCUUUAAAGGAGAGCCAAAGACUUGUGCUUCAUUCUUUUCACUUUUUCCCCCCUCAAUGAGCUGUUUUGAUUGUCAAAUCUUUGUAGAACUUUGUGAGUUGACUGUAUUCUCCUGGUAGCAGUUUGCACAGUUAAUGAUUAUCAAGCCUUAAUCCUACGUUAAAUGGUGGUAAGUCAUCAGUUCAUCUAGUUACGCAAUUUAAAAAAGGUGUGUUUAAGCACCUAAUAUAUUUGGAGUCUUCUAACUGUCAUACUUGUUCUUUCAUCCACUCCCAUGCACUCCGCUAAUUUACAGAUAACGGAGGAGGGACUUUAAAGGUUUACAUCAUUCAAAAAGCCAUGUUUAUAAAAAUUAAUCCAUGAUUAACCUGUUGGAUUUAAAAUAUCUAAAAACUAGUUUGCUGCAAAUGUGAAUCUUUGCUGACUUAUAAGAGUGUCCAGUGAGACUGACAAGACUCCUGUCCAGCUGUACCAUGGCUUUAAAUCAAGUACUGCACAACAUGCCUACUGAUGAUAGGUAUUUGAUAUCUGUGACCAACUCACUGAACUGCAAAGGAGUAGAAUUGGGCUUUGAGUUUGACACGUGCCCUUUUUUAACUACUUCACAGGAGUUUGCUUAAAUUUCUUGCAGAUUUAACUUUUGAAAUUGAGAGGGGAAUUCCUAAAUAGCAAAAAUAAUCGGGGAAAACUCUCCACUUCUUGCUGUUCCCAGUCACAAAAGUGUGGUGCUUUUAAAAGUAUCCUGACCGCCACAGGUCAGUGAUAAGUACCAAACCUCAGGGCAGUAUUUUGAAGAGGGAGUACUUGAUAAGAUUAAGAGAAAAGCCCAAUAAAUUCAGUACUAAAAACGGGGGCAUUGAGUAGCAGUGCUGCCCGUUAGUCUCCUCUGUGUUUAAUAAAGGGGAAAAAUCAUUGGAAGAGCUGUGAGAAAAGUACCUAGAGUCAUUCAAAUGAGCAGGCAGAAUAACUGUGGCAUGACUUCACCUCCAUAACUUGCCAUUAUAUUGAUUCCCUUCUCCUCCACUCGUCUCUAAAAUAGGUACACUUUCUGCCCCACUGCCCAAUAUCGGCAGUAUUAGCUGUGAGACAGUUAAGAGAUGUAUAAACGAAUAUUAUCAGAGUGACAUGCUUCCGCUGUCUUAUUCAGAGUAGUGAUUCACACACUGAAUUGGUGAAAAGCCUGUCAUGCUAAAUUUGAGUCGGCACAUCUGAGCCACCUUCUAAACACAGCCUUUGUGCAGAUAAGUGACAUUUUGUGUCCUUUGCAGUAUGUGAGUACAGGGCCAAGAUUGUCCGUAUGACAUUGAAACUGAUUUGCUCUUCUGGCAAAUUUAAUAUAAAUAUUAAACACAGAUGCUGGAAUGUUGCUGUCAUCUACUACUUGCAUUGACACAAAAUGGCACAUACCGGAAAGAGGCUCAAGUGUUGCAGGACACCAGUCAAGUAGUCUGGAGGCCUUAUUCCAAUAGAGGCACCUGACACAGGUUCUACAUUGUAGUCAAAACCAGGUGUUAAAUGUGUCUGAUCAUGCCUCACCUUUGGAAGCAACUGGUUGUUGUGAUGUAGAUGGGACUUUUCAUUGGAGGGGAAGGGAAUAUUAAUGUGACCUUUUUUUUUAAAUGAUUGUAUCAGUAGUGAGAGUGGUUUCAUGCCAUGGGAAUGAGGAAUACGAUUUCCAAAACAUCUCCACUUUCUUUGUUACAUUCUAAUGGAGUGCAUGAACAAUUUGGUUCUUCCUCUGUGUACACUGGACUUCCUCCUCAACUGCUUCCCAGUGCAGGUGAAACUUUAUAACACCGUGGCCAAGAUGUCCAGAGUUGGAUGUUAACAAUUUAGCCACCCGAAUAAGGGGUCUGACCUGCAGUGCUGCUGAGCUCCGGUAGCUUCUGGAAAGUUAACCUCUCUCAGUCCAGUGGGACCUGCAGCCGCUCAGCACCUCUGAAAAUCAGGCAUCUUCCAUUCAGGUGCUGAGUUCCAGCUACCAAAUUCUGGACAUCUUUGCCUGAUAGAUCUGGAGAUGUAUAAGUUUUGGGGGGGUUUUCCACUGGUUCCUCCUGCAAGGAAAGUUUGGGCCCACAAGGAAAACACAGUAGUAUCAACUUAAAAAUAGGAAAAAGGUGUUUGGGGCAUCUGGUUGUUUUGUUUUUGUGUUGGGUUGGGGUUUUUUGGGGGUUUGGUGGGUGGUUUUUUUUUUUUUUUUGGUUUUGGUUUUGGUCUUGGGGAAAGUACAACCAAAGGGAGAUGCAAUCCCUGAUAAGAAAGAAGUAUUAGAUACACUGAAAUAUGUAUAUGUAUCUGUAACUAAAAAAACCAAAAUCCUCUGGUGUAUUUGAUGUUUAUGGUAUAAACUAAAAAUCAUUUGCUUCUCUGUAAUAUUAAAGUUGUUAAUAAUUUGUGGCAGAUAAUACAAGUCUUUGGCAUCCAAACCAGAUUGUGUACUGGAUGGAUCCCACAACUGGACCUGUGCAGUGAGCUCCUUUCUAGCUUUUAGUAGAGGUGGCAGAAGCUUUCUGUGCAUCCAGAGAUCAACUUGAAUCCAGAAAGGAGAAAUAACCCCCCAAGCAACACAGCUGAUCCAUUGUUCAUCAUUUUUAUGCCAUUCCUUUGCAGCCUCUAAGUGGGUGGCUGCAACGUGGACAAAAUAGCCAAUAAUGGGACUUUAGCUUUACUAGCGUAAGGAAUUUCUGCCUUCCCUGAGGCUUCUGCUUGCCAGGUGAGCAACCUCUGUACGAAGAGGCGCUUUCCUUGAAGGUCAGCUUAACAGCUACACUGUAGCUUGAUUGAUUUUUUUUUUUCUACUUUUGAUAACCAGUGACAGUAAUGUGAAGAGCUCUGUCCCCAUUUUCUUCCAUUCAGUGGAGACAGAGCACACAACCACAUGCAUUCCCACUUUAAAAGCCACCUAACUGUUUCCAGUUGUGGGAUUUCUCUACAGAAAUACUUUAUUUGUAAACCUAGUUUUCUUUGGUUCAUACCAGUCUCCCCGAGACAUUCUACCGUCAUUAUCACCUUUUUGGGUGGAGUUUAUUUUAUUUUUUCGUUUGUUUUUGUUUUUUUAAAUAACUUUUUACAUUGGUGCAUAUAUGCUUGGGAUAGAGCUCGUGUAAUUUACCAAUCGUAUUGAUUGUAUGUGAUUGUGCCCUGCGGAGGUAUAUUUAACGAAAAUUAAAAUAAAAUUUAAAAAAAAAUAGUCUAGGAUAAUAAAGGAGACCAUGAGAUUUG